UGACACUACCGGCGAAUGAACCCAGCAAGACGUUUAAAAUUACAUUAACAGCGCAAUCUCCCACUGAACAACAAUUAUUGCAGCGAUGGACAUGAACUUCGGCACCCUAUUAGAUUUGGACCGCGGUCAACCCGACUUGGAACCAACGUCAGGUAACUCGUCAGUCCCGACCACGGCACCCGUCGUCACCGUGUCCAGCAGUACGCUUUCAGACUUGCCACCGGCCACGCCGUAUCCGCAGAACAUGAACGCUCAUCUCCACGGCUAUGACAACGUGGUGUCCAGUUACAGCAGCUAUUGCAAUAGCACGUUCGAUCCGUACUAUGCGCAGGCUUUCGCUCCGCUGCCGCCUUACACAGACAUAAGAAAUGCUGUCCCUCUACCUCAGCCGCAGGGACCGCAAGCGGGUGCAAGAAAGAGGGAAAAACAAAAGCGCCAGAGAACGGCGUAUUCAAGCGAACAGUUAAUGCAUUUGGAGGAGUCGUUCACGGCCAAUCAAUAUUUAAACAGGGCCCGGAGGAUAGAUUUGGCACGGACACUGAGACUCACGGAAAGGCAAAUAAAAAUAUGGUUUCAAAACAGGCGCAUGAAAGAGAAGAAAUCUAAAAGAGAUUCCGGUCAAGUUGAAUCGACGAGUGGCGGCAGUACGGUGUGCGCACCGGCCGGGCCCGGCUCAGGCGGCUCUCUCACGCCCAAAAUGCUCCGAUACAGUCCGACCAGUUCGUACUCCACGUCAUCUCCGCCAAUCCAACUCAUCGAACAACAACCGCAGGGUCCAUCCACCACACUGCAUCACUAUUCAUACGCACCCGACAUGUACGCGUGCCAGAUACCGCCGCCGCCGCCGUCUUACGAACAGGCCGUCAUGCACGAUCAGAUGCCGUGGUACAACACAGAAGCGGGCCUAUGAUGUCUAUCCGUUUGCUCUCAUUUCCGUCCCACUGACAGCUGCCCGGCAUCCGGCGAGCGCUUCUCCUUAGCCAGCCUAUGCGACGAGCUUCCGACGAGAACAGUCAAACACCAUUGACGAAACCAGUCACGCCCGAAGCUCGCCCCAUCGGACAGUUUUCGUAUGUUUCAUGGAGAAUAGCUCGCCGAGUACGAGCGUCAUGCAAUCAUUUUUGGAAAAUAUGUGCUUAUAAUUAAAUUUUAUUUUGUACUAUUUUAACUUUAGUACAUGUUUUCCACUCGGAGAUUAUUGGCGGAUCUCAGUUAGCCAUUUUUUUUUUUUUUUACUUUUGUUUACUAAAGUCUGUACAUACUUAUAACUAUUAUUUUUAUUAUAAUUAUUAUUAUACAUAGGCUGUAAUCAUUAUAUUUAAAGCCUAGUCUAUUUCUGUAGAAUUUAAAAAAAAUACAUAAAAAUAAUAAUAAUAUGAAUAUAAAAUUUCUAAUUAAAAUAGGCGCUUAUUUUAUAUUCAUUUUAUCGACUUAUAAAUAGUACCUAUUUUAUAUUAUAAUUAUUAUUACUUUUUGUUAUUUACUACUUACUCUCUUAAAACAGUCCCAAUUACUUAUGAAUGUUAUUUGACCUUUAACAUAAUGCCUAUAGCCGUGAUGUUAAUAUUUUUGUUCAAGACCAAUAAAACGUUUUUCGUCGGCAAGAUGGUGCACAAAGUAUAUUACAAAAAAAAUAUCAAUUUAAAUUUUAGUUGUUAAUAUUGUUACGUUUUGAUAACCAGUAUUAUUAAUUGUUGUAUUAGACAAUGCUUUAAUCUUUACUUGUACAUAAAGUUAGUUUUUAUAAAUUAAUGACGCUAUACAUUAUAUUUUACUUGCUAAGUUUUAUAUAUGCAUUGAUUUUAUCAGUUCUUCCAUCUUAUUGUAUGUGUGAUGUGAUCCUCUGUAAUUAGUUUAAAUAGAAAUAUAUGAAAUUAAUUCUACAA